GAAAUCACUCAAUCACUUCAUACGGAAUAGUGAUUAUCUAAUAACGCAUAGUUGAGAUAUUGUGUACAAACAUCGUUUUGGACAUGAAUAAGUGAGAUUUUUCUAAGUUGCAAGACCAAUGCGGAAGUGUAAUAAUACAAGGAAAUUCUUUUUCAAGUAAUGAAUUUUAUCCCAUAUAGGGAUAAUUCACAAUCGCAGAUACAUCAUUCUUGACUUUAUCCUGGAUAACUGUAGUACUGUAUGUUGUAUCAGUUAGUCUUUGCUAAGGAAUUAAAGACGUUUAAGACAGAAAGUGUUUGUUUCAUCUGGCUCAGAUCAGAUCGAUGAAUCAGUACUUCGAACAUUCUAGGAUUACUGGAUAUCGAAUUCUUGGAGCAAAACAUAUGUUGCUGUAAAUACACUAAAUCAUGUAGUGACCAAACAAUUUCAGGAAAGCAUGGUGGAAAUUGAUUGCAGUAGUAACGCAUCUGAACAAAGGAAACGGCCAAUUCAACAGGAUAGCCUACCUGUACUAUAAAAAACAACAAUAUGAAACGUAAAGAAACAUAUAUAAUGAUAACUGCAUAUCAUGUGCUGACGUUAAUUGCAUGCAUUUGGUUAUUGAUGGAAAUAAACAGAAGAAAGAAAAGCCUAAGGAAGACUAUGUCUCAAUCAAAUACAUAUAGUAUCAAAUAUUUACGUGAUUACCUGGGACAUACAUGUAGUAAAUAUAUCAAACAAUAUAGAAAAUUGCUACAAUUUCUUGAUGGAGGUUUUGUGCCUUAUAUAAGACUAGUACAUGUACAUAUCGCGCAACUUCCUUCGCGACUCCAUGUUAAUAAUCAAAUUCAACGACAUGAUGGACAAUAUCCAAACAAUCCUUUGACGGCCAUUCGUGUUCGAGUCGGGAACACCACAGAAGAGGGAACGAGAGAUGCUAACAGAGAUGGUGCGGUAAACUUAAAUGGUGCGGAUAACAGGGAGGCUGUAAGUGAUAGGAGGAGUACGGAUUACAGGGAUGGUGCGGUAAACUUAAAUGGUGCGGAUAACAGGGAUGCUGCAAAUGAUAGGAGGAGAACGGGUUACAGGGACGCUACGGAAGCUUUGAACGGCGAGGAAGCAUGUUCUGCGAAUCUAUUUGAUGGUAUUGAUCGGGUAGGAAGACGGAGGAGAGGGACGAUAUCAGUCGAAGUAUGCUGUCGUGGAUCAAACAUCCAUAUCCCAGUGAGAAAGGGCACACCUGUCUCGGAGUUUAUCCAUUCUAGAGAAUUUGGUAGAAAGGUAUUUGAUAAAUGGAAUAUCCCGGAGGAUCACCUGAAGAAUAUGAUAUUGAGACAUGGCGACCAAGUUAUUGAGACACUCGAGAUUGACUGCACUCUACGUCUAACUACAGGCCAUUUGGACCUCUUUCUCCAACAGUGUCAAUGUACCAAUAACUGAUGUGUGUUCCUGCCUAACUUCAGUUGGACAUGGGUGAAGCUUAGCAUGGUUACACAGGCAUGUCUUCAUGUCAAUUAAGAUCGAUUUCAUGUAAUUUGUUAAGAUAAAAUUGACCAGUAAAGAGCAAAAUAGCUAAUUUAAGUUCCUUUCCAAAACAUAUACUUGAUUAAAUAGGUAAAAACCUAGCCAACCUUUCAUGAUUGACAUGAAAAUUUUACCAUAAUUCACAUAAAGAUUUGUUCAGAUUAAAUUGACCAGAAGUUGACAUGAAUUUUUUUCAUGUGAAAUUGACCUGAUUUUUAGACAAUUUUCAGGUCAAUUUCAAACUAAAUUCAGGUCAAUAAUUUUUCAGGUCAAAUUUUGCCUGUGUAUGGUAAAAGAUCCAUGCUAGCUUAUUUUGUGCAAUAUGAUGAUCUAAUAUUAAUGCAUAUCGUCUGCUGAGUACUAAUUAUUAAUUGUCUAUAUACAGAUCGUUGUUAAGGUAUCAGACACAUAAUUUCGUUAGAAUACAAUCAAAUAGAACUGACAAUGGGCAAACAUAAGUAACUUCUUCUACAGGGUUAUUUGAAAGUUAGAUUUUUUAGGGUAUUGAGGUAUAUAAACAGAAAAAAACCAUGUAUAUGUUUCUAUUCAAAAUGAUAUAAUGUGCCACCCACGUCUUAUUGAUAGUAAAUAACAUAGCGACGGUUAACCAAACAUGUCAGGUGUCGCCAUAACGGAAGAUAAGGUGUGAAGAUAACACUCAUUGAAAGGUACGUCAUAUGAUACGGAUGUAUCUUUACUACUGAUAUUGUUAUUUCAAGGUUCAUGUAAAUAGCAUACCAGUGAUAUUUUCACAAGCCUGUAAAUUACUAUUCUGGUUGCCUCAGUUUCACUCAUAAAAUGUCAAUACCUCCAACUAUAAUAUCACUUUCGAAUUUGACCGCAAGCGUAAACUUUUUCUUUAUAUUCCUUGUAAAUUGAUGAAAUGAUCAUAACCUGUACAAGUGUAACAUUUUAACAUUUAUGCUAUUUAUAUUCUGAUAUGCCCGAGGUUCUCCUAAACGCCGUAUAUUCAUGUUGUGCUGUACCGACCGGAGUCUCCCGUACAAGCCGUUUGACCAGAAUUGCUAGAAUUGUUUUUUAAACAAUUAUGUUCUGAUGUUCCCGAGGCUCUCCAAACCCACCAGCGAUCUCCCUUUAAUAAAUUGAUUUAUUCAUAAAAUAAUAAGAAUGAAUGCGAUACUUCAACAUCAUGCGAUACUUCAACAUCAUUUGAUGUUGAAGUAUCGCAUGAUGUUGAAGUAUCGCAUGAUGUUGAAGUAUCGCAUGAUGUUGAAGUAUCAAAUGAUGUUGAAGUAUAAAAUGAUGUUAAAGCAUCAAAUAAUGUACCAAGUUAUUGAAGUGUGCAUAUAUAUUAUUAAUGCAGUAAUGUACGAAGUGUGUAAUAUUAAUAUGAGUGCAUUAAUAAAUGAACUGUACUACAUAAAUUA